CGAGGGAAGUGUUGCAGUGAACGGAGGGGGAAGAGAGAGAGAGACGUUGAGAGAGAGAGAAAGAGGGAGAGAGACUGCAGCAUCAUUUGAGGGACGUUCACAUGCAGUGCAGUAGAACGUGCAGGUGAGGGGAGGAGGAGAAUGCGGGACUUUUCCUCAAACACUUCACACACAUCCACUACGGACUCCGGAGGAAUUACUAAAGGCUUUUGUUGCUAGUUCUCUAUCCUGCUCACCAUCUUUCCAUAAGUGGCUAAUUUACGUGCUCUGAGAAGUCGAACUGAAAAGCUUUUCUCUUUGUCAAGUUCGCCGUAAAGGAAUCUAUAAGGGCUUGGCACGCGCGCGUAAGACUGCGGGAAAAGCUUUCCAAUUUUCCUCUCGCUGUGGUUUAAGGUAAGAGAACAUAUAAUAUCGGGAAAAGACUUUAGAAAGCACUUUGGCUUAUUCCCAGCCAGUAGCGCAAGCUCUGGGAUGCGAAUGUGAGAGCUGAAUUCACAGACAGAUCUCUUUUGUGUUCUACUGCAUUGCAGUUUAAAACAGUGAAAGCGCGAGAGGAGCCCGCGCUCCGCAGCAUCUCAAUGAGCCGGACAAAGUCAUUUAAACUGCUCAAAUUUGACUCCCGUUUACUCUUAAAGGGCACAAAGGAACAUUCUUGUCGGUAAAAGAGCUGUAAAGACUUAUCGCCGAUGCCGAGCUCUUCACAAAGUGGAUGUUUUAUUUUAUCGUGUUGAAAACGUGACCGGGGAACUAAAAGACUGCAGGAGAAAAUAAGAUUUUGCCAAAGGAAGCGUUUAUAGAGAUUAAUUGGUGGCGAGUCUGCCUUGGACCAGAGGAAGCUGCAGAUAGAGAGUGAAAGAGAGAGAGAGGAAGAGAGAGAGAGUCAUGGGGAGCAGGAGCAUUGGCGCAGUGCACUCUGCGCGCUGCUACCUCGUGCUUAUCCUGCAGCUGCUGACUCAGCUCCCGCGCGCCAAUUCAGUGCUGCGCUACCGCGUGGCAGAAGAGGGGCCGGCCGAUGUGCAUAUUGGGAACGUGGCUUCAGACCUGGGGCUGUCCACCUCUGGGAUCGGGACAGGUGAUGUCACUUUCGCUUUGGAAUCUGGCUCAGAAUACUUCAAAAUUGACAACGUCACUGGAGAGCUUACUACAGGCAGCAAGAGGAUUGACAGAGAGAAGCUGCCGCAGUGUCAGAUGAUAUUUGAUGAAAACGAGUGCUUUUUGAACUUUGAGGUGUCAGUCAUAGGUCCCCUACAGAGUUGGGUGGAUCUGUUUGAUGGCCGUAUUGUAGUCACAGACAUCAAUGACAACACCCCCUCUUUUCCUUCACCAGUACUCACGCUGUCUGUUGAGGAGAAUCGGCCAAUCGGCACACUCUAUCUCCUUCCCACAGCCACAGACCGUGAUUUUGGUCGUAAUGGCAUUGAUCGCUAUGAGCUUAUCCAGGACAGUAGAGAUGGGGGAUCAUCUUUGCGACGGCCUGCGAACGGACCGACCAAUGGGAACGGUGGUGACCGAAGGAGAGUGUCAGAAACAGGGGCAGGACCUGCCAGCAGGAGCAGCGUGUUUGAACUUCAAGUUGCCGACACACCUGAAGGACAGAAACAGCCCCAGCUGAUCGUGAAAGGGCCUCUGGACCGCGAAGCACGGGAUUCUUAUGAACUCGUGCUACGGGUUCGUGAUGGCGGCAACCCUCCCCGCUCCUCACAAGCUCUGUUACGAGUGUCCAUCACAGACGUCAACGACAACAGUCCACGCUUUGAGAGAGCCGUGUAUGAAGCAGAAAUGCCAGAAAACACCCCACCUGGCACACCUGUCCUACAGGUGCGUGCCGCAGACCGUGAUGUCGGCGUGAACGGGCAGAUUGAGUAUGUGUUUGGAGCAGCGACGGAAUCAGUGAGGCGCCUUCUGAGGUUGGAUGAAGCAUCAGGUUGGCUGAGCGUUCUGCAUCGCAUAGACCGCGAGGAAGUUUCGCAGCUACGCUUCACCAUCACAGCUCGUGACCGCGGCCAACCACCUCGCACUGACCGCACUACAGUCGUUCUCAAUGUAAGGGAUGAAAAUGACAAUGUACCCAUUGUGGAAAUUCGAAAAAUUGGACGAAUCCUUGUUCGAGAUGGCGCUGCAAUGGUUCCAGAGAACGUGUUGGUGGACACUCCAGUAGCAUUAGUGCAGGUGUCAGACCGCGACCAGGGAGAGAAUGGUGCGGUUACCUGCACUGUGGUUGGGGAUGUGCCAUUUACGUUGAAACCGGCGGGUGAGACAGCCCUAGCACCUCCACCAGCCACGGAUGAUGCAUUUGAACGAAACAAAAAGAAAUAUUUUCUCCACACCUCAGCACUUUUGGAUUACGAAGCUACUCGUGAGUAUAGUGUCACUAUCGUGGCAGUGGACUCCGGUAGCCCAAGCCUCUCUAGUAACAGUUCCCUUCUGGUACGUGUGGUGGACAUCAAUGACCAUGCUCCCACUUUUGCCCAGAGCUUAGUGGAAGUGCAUUUUGCAGAGAAUAAUGCCCCAGGAGAACGAGUGGUCACAGUAGUGGCUUCUGAUGCAGACAGUGGUAAGAAUGCAGAGAUCGCAUACUCACUGGACCCAUCUGUUAAUGGAGCUUUUUACAUUGAUGCUGAUCAUGGUGAUAUUCGUGCCACUGGGGCACUAGAUAGAGAGCAGAGGGAACGCUAUGAAUUUCGUGUGAUAGCUCGAGAUAAGGGCACCCCGUCUCUGCAAGGCUCUGCUACUGUCAUAGUUCAGGUCACAGACAGGAACGACAAUGCCCCCAAAUUUGUCCAGGAAGUCUUCACAUUCUACGUCAAAGAGAACCUGCUCACCAAUAGCCCCGUCGGCAUGGUGACUGUUACCGAUGCAGAUGAAGGCGAGAAUGCAGAGUUGAGUCUUUUUGUUGAGCACGAUGAAGAGGAGGGUGGAGAGGAGGGCAAAGAGGGGAAGCAAGACGUUUUCUCCAUUGAAAAUAACACUGGAACCAUUUUCUCCUCUGCAUCCUUUGACCGUGAACGACGUAGUACAUACUCAUUUCGCGUGCGUGCUGUUGAUGGUGGAGAACCGCCACGGUCUGCCACCGCCACCAUCUCCCUGUUUGUCACUGAUGAAAAUGACAACGUGCCAUCCAUCACAUCACCCGCUAAUGAAUCAUACACCCUUCUGCCACCCGCUAGCGGAGCUCGGACCGUAGUCCGCACAGUCUCAGCCUCCGAUGGCGACACAGGGUCUAAUGCCGAUCUCCGCUACGCUCUGGUAGGCGGAAACCCUUUUCUUCUGUUUGAGAUUGGCUCAAGUAGUGGGGUCAUAACCUUGGCAGAGCCCCUGGAGAGAAGACACAGGGGUCUGCACCGCUUGGUGGUCCGGGUCAAUGACAGUGGCGUGCCUUCCCUUUGUGCCACGGCACUGGUGCAUGUCUUCAUCAACGAGAGCUUGGCCAAUGCAACGCUGGUGGAUGCACAGGUGGCCCGCAGCCUUGCAGUCCCCCUCUAUAUGGAUAUUGCAGGUGACCCAGACAGCGAGAGAGCUUUGGGUAAACAACGCUUGAGCGUUGCCAUCGGUGUCCUGGCUGGUGCUGCUGCCGUUAUUCUGGUGAUCCUUCUGGUUGUGACAGCACGACAGUGUGGGGCACAGGGUAAGAAUGGCUAUGAGGCUGGGAAGAAGGAGCCAGAAGAGGACUUUUUCAGUCCACAACCUCCCCCUCUGCUAGCCCAGGGCUCCCAAAAUGAACGUGGGCGUAAACCCCACAGAGACAAGCGUAAUAACGGUACUGCCAAAUCUGAGCGUUCUUUAUACAGUGGAAUUAUGACGGUGAAUGGCUGCAGACAUGGGGGAGGUGAUGAAGAAGAGGAGGAUGAAGAUGUUAGCAGUGCCAGCGAGAGGAUUGCAGCACGUUAUUGUGCAGCAGCUAACGGAGACCUAAGCAGUCCAAGACUAGGCUCAAGACGUCACCAAUCAAGUCCAGAUCUGGCACGCCACUACAAGUCCAGCUCACCUUUGCCUGCAGUGCAUCUUCAGCCCAACUCACCACCCGUGGAAGGCAAGAAGCACCAAGCUGUGCAGGAACUGCCCCCCACUAACACCUUCACUGGCAACGGCACCGGUAAUGCAGACGCCAUGUCACUCAGCUCAGACCAGUGCUCCGAUUACGGCUGCCAAACUGUCAAGUACAGCAAACAGCCCCUCAGAAGAGUGACAUUUUCUGUGGUGAGUCAGGCUCCUGAUCAAGGCUGCUAUGAUAGUGGAGUGGAGGACUCUGAGACCCCAAGCAAUCAAACAAAGCCCCUCAGAAGAGUGACAUUUUCUGUGGUGAGUCAGGCUCCUGAUCAAGGCUGCUAUGAUAGUGGAGUGGAGGACUCUGAGACCCCAAGCAGCAAGAGUUCCUCUGGACCCAGACUGGGAUCUUUACCGCUGCCUGAGGAUGGAUAUGAAAGGACAACACCAGAAGGGAGCGUAGGCGAAGAGGAGCAUGUGGAAAAUGACCCCAGGCAGCUCCCUGACGUGGCUCUGACAGGAAAGUGCACACGAGAAUGUGAUGAGUUUGGUCACUCUGACACCUGCUGGAUGCCUGUGCAACCAUCACCACGCAGACGCAUGGAACCACCCCAACUGUCCACCUUCGCCUCGCCCGGCGAUAACAACAACAACACGGAGGACGACAGCGACCGAGAGGAAGACGGAGAUGGAGGUACGGAUAAGAGCAGCGGAGGAAGCGAGGAGGUCCGGGAUUCGCUUGCAAAUGGAGAUCCGCUCGGAACGCUCAGCCGUCGGGACCGGAACAGGAACAUGGGCGACCACAACCGUAAUCUCCUGAACCGGAAAAUGACCUCGGCAUCCUAUGACACGUUCAGCAGCGCCGGCUUUGGCCGUCGUCCGGAUGAAGAAGACUCACACCCCCCAGAGGUCAUUCCGCUUACGAGGACGGGGGGCGACUAUAAGACCACCUCGUGCCUCACUCUGUCUCGCAGGGAAGUGUACCUGUGAGCUGCAGGCUGCCCUCUUGCCACGGGACGGCCCAGAGCAACUUCACUGCAUCGAGCAGGAGGAUCAUCGAGAGACUAGCGCAUACCUGUUCAAAACAGGUGUCUUCUCCUUGCCAAAAAUGUAUCAUCUGUUCAUUUCUCUAGAUGCAAAAUAUCAAAGUUGAGGAGAAAAGUGAAUCAUCUUUUAUUCUUUCAUAAACUUGGAUAGACUUUGUCUAUGACAAACAUUUGCAUGUUAGGCCUCCCACAGACAGGGGGCGAUGUGGGGACUGAUGGACAAAAUCCAAUCAGAGACCACUUAAAUGGAUGCUCAUUUCAUCCAGUUGUGGCACUUCAUGAAAAUAAAACCAUGUAGCAUCAGGAAAAAGGAAAUCGUAACCAAUCAUAGGGCGACAGCGGCAUCUAAAUGUUAACUAGUUUCCUGUUGCUGAGCCAAUACAGUUAUUUAAUUACAGUCACAUGGUAAACAGUAGACAUGUAAAUUCUUUCAUCACAGACUUUUAGAGAAAGAAAAAAAAAGGAAAAAAAGUCCGGUCAUCCAUUUUUAUCAUUUGUAAAGCUACUUGUUUUUCUUUUAUUAACAAAUAUGUGAAUAUACUGCAGCUCUCAGUAGUGCUUCAAAACUUUCAGAUUGAAUUCUUCACUAUUUCAUUGCUUCUGUAAUGGAGCAAUUAUCACAAUGACUGUUAAAUUGCCAUCCCAUCAGAUCUCAGAGUUGAAAUCAGCCAAUUAAAUCAUGUGACACAUACUCUAUACACAGCACAAACACACACACCCACACACACACACACACUGAUACAUGUCUAUAUCCAUUUAGUGCAGAUAUGUGUGUAAAAGUGUAUGUACUGUAUAGACGGACAUUUUGGCAUACCUGAGGCUUUUUUGAGAAACAGUUUUUUGAAAGUAGAUGUAGCAUUUUUGCCUGCUUGAUCUUCAGCUAGUAUAUAAGACACUGGAGUGUAUUUGAAUAAUUAAUCAUCUGUGUAAAGUGCAUACACAGGGGCAUUCAACAAUGUUUAGAUACAUCUAUACUAUACUAUAAACGACAAAUAUACUGCAUCUCAUCCCUUUUAAGUAGAGCUAAUAUUUAAACCAAAUUUCUUUAAAGGCAACACUGCAUGAGGAUAAGCUAAUGCUUAUUUUGUUAAAUAAGAAUCAGAUUUUUGUUGUUUUUGUGAGGAUAUAACCUCUUUAUGAGGGGAGUGUGCGAGUUUGUGUGUGAAUUCAAAGCGAGGUCGGUGAAGAGCUAGAUCUUUAAUUUAGCCGGAAAUUACACACACACAACGUAGUUGUUCAAAUACCUGUAUUACAGUUCAAACAAAUCAAGACAUUUUAAUGAGUCUUUGUUAAUCUUACGGCAGCCUCGUCCAGGUCUUGGCAUCUCAUCAAGCCUCUGGAAUUUUCAAAUUGAGUUUAGUAAUGGCUUUUUUUAGCUCUUGAUAUGCAUUGUAAGUACAAUCUGAUUGAUAAGAACAAACUGACAUGUAUUUCACCAACUCUCAGGAAACUUGAGAUUCAGUGUAUGUUCUCGGCCCAUUAUCAACGCUGAGCUAGUCUGUGCUCCGAAUUUGUCCUCACAAGGCCAUACUGUUGGAGAGCCUGUUUUCUCGCACUUUCCCCUUUUCAGACUCACCGUACCUGUCAAUGGUGUCCGAAGUGUGCGUGUUUCCUGGCUUCCCACGGUGAGGAUUGCAGACUCAUCCCUUUCACUUCACGGAACAGCCUUGGGUCUGGAGCGGGACUGGUGGACUCCAGUCCAUCUAUGCCAAAAUCUGUCUAGCUUUUCCAGUUUUACUGGAAGCACUGGUGCACAAACUUACCUGAAAAAGACUAGCCCAGAACCUGCAAUUCAGUGCCUGGAUGAGAGGAAAUUGCUGAACUGGCCUAUACAGGGUUUGUGAAACCGGAGGACUCGGGAGGAGGGAAUCUGUCUCUAAAGAUGCCGUGUUUCCUUUGCCAGGUUUAUAGGCUAAAUAUGCUGUUAUACAGCAGUCUGUAAGUAGUGUACAGUAUGGGGUGCAUAACGGACUACAUAUAUGAAACCGUGUGUUUUCUUUUGGGUUUUUUUUACUGCACGUUUACCUAACAGUUCAACUCACUUACUGCAAAAUGGGGAGGGAUGGGGAGGGCAAAAUAACAUUGUGUCUAAAGCGUAACAUUCACUUGAACUUUUUUAUGAGAUAAACACUGAACUCAUGUACUCGCCCAACAUCCACCAUUUUACUGCUACCCUGUAGAGAAAUGACCACUGAACUUUAACCUGAAAGGCAUGUUGACGGUCUUUAAUCCUGCACCUGUGAGGAAAAUGUUUUUUAUUUCUCUGUUCUUAUGCUAUGUGAAAGAGGAGUUUUUGAAGCUCUCUCUCAUGGAGCGUUCAUUGCAUUUGUUAUGACAAAUAACAAAUCAAAAGGGGUUGGAAUGGUUUGAAAGUUUGGUAUGUGACAUGUAAAAGUUUGAUUUUGACAUUAAAACACCU